AUGACCUUAAAUGUCCUGAAGGCUCAUCUCGCACGCUUGCUCCUUUUCUACGGGCACUCUUCAGUAAGCGAGAAAAGGGAGAAGCUAGUCCCGAUUUGGACCCCCCCCAAGAGUAGUAGUGCCCCUCUUUUUAUACACAAUGGGCAUGCGGGGGUGAGGAAGGGGGCGCUCAGGGGGAGAAGCGUGUUGGCUGGCCAUGGAAAAAGCAGCAGGGGGAAAAGUGGUCCAGGAGAAAAUGGUGCUAGGGAACAUGGUGCUGGGGAACAUGGUGCUGGGAAAAGUGGUGCCACCUUUUUGAGGCCAUCCCUGCUGCUCGCGAGGAAGGGCAGCGCGGAGGGGGAGCCAGCUGGAGAGGCGGCCUCAUCCGGGGGAGUGCCAGCUGGAGAGGCGGUCUCAUCCGGGGGAGUACCUACUUCAACUGUGAGCAACGACCCAAGUGAAGAACCCCCCACCCGGGUGCCCAAAACGAAGCGAACUAGCCCUGCAGGAGGUGCCAAAACGACAGGGAUAAGCGACCCUGUGGAUGAAAGCAUAAAAAGAAUCAAGGGAGAAUACUACGACGUAGAAAUUUGCGAGCUCCUCUCAAAAAGCUUCCUUUCCUAUGCCAACUUUUUAAUCCUAAAUAGAUGCCUGUGUGACUAUCGCGAUGGCCUAAAAACAGUGCAGAGGAGGAUCAUAUGGAGCAUGUACGAAAUAAAUAAAGGCGCAGAGAAGGGAAGUUAUAAGAAGUGCGCCAGAAUCGUGGGUGAAGUCAUUGGAAAAUAUCACCCACAUGGAGAUAAAAGUGUAUACGAUGCGUUGGUUCGACUGGCACAAAAACAUCACAAUAGCAAUCUGCUAAUAAAUGGAUAUGGGAACUUCGGAUCAGUUGAGUAUAACGCAGCGGCUAUGCGUUACACGGAAGCUAAAAUUUCAAAUUUUUGUUACGAUAUACUGUUGGAAGAAAUAAAUGAUGCAAAUGUAGAGUACGUGAGAAAUUUUGAUGGGAAUGAACUAGAACCAAAAGUGUUUUGUAGUAAAAUUCCUCUCCUACUCAUUAAUGGAUGUUCCGGUAUUGCAGUGAGUAUAUUGAGUAACAUCCCAUGUCAUAACUUAGUUGACGUGAUCAACUGUACUAUUAGCUUUUUACUCGACCCAAAUAUAAAGGAAGACCACUUAGCUGCUAUAAUUAAGGGACCCGACUUUUCCACAGGAGGGAUCAUCAUAAGUAAACAGGAUGAAUUACAAAAUGUGUAUCAAACGGGAAAGGGAAACAUAGAAAUUAGAAGUAAUGUCUUUCUAGAGUACACAAAAAAUGACAAGAUUUACGUGAACCAUGUAAACGAUUUGGCUAAUUUACAUUCAGAAGAUGUAGAUCCCAGGGGGAGUAAAAAAUUAGUAAUAAAAAAUUUACCUCCAAAUGUGAAGCCAAAUGAACUGAUCGAAAAUAUGAUCAACAUUUUGAAUGAGAAAAAAAAUGAACAUGAAAAUAUUUUACAAAAAAUAAGAGACGAAAGUGAAAAGGAGGACAUGCGAAUUGUACUAGAGUUGAGAAAAAAUAGCCAAGUGGAACAAAUAAAUGACUUCGUCUCCUUCAUUUUUAAGCACACACAAAUGCAAGUUACCUACCACUGCAAUUUUGUUUGCAUUGGACAUGAAAAUAGUUACACGCAAUUUUCGUUGAAGUCCUUCCUACAACUGUGGUGCGAAAAUCGCAUAAAAUUUAUCAGAAAUAAUUUGACAAUAAAAAAUCAAAACUUACUAAAAGAACUUCACAUUAUAGACUUGUACAUCCUCAUACAGAAAAAAAUCUUGGAAAUUAUUUCCUUUCUCCAAAAAAACCAAAACAUUGAAGAAAUAAAAAAAUUUUUUAAAAAAAAUUUCCAACUUAAUGAUUAUCAGAUCCAGCAUAUACUCUCUAUGAAGAUACAAAAAUUGGUCAACAUUAAGAACGUCGAUUUUGCUACACACAAGGAGAAAAUUCUGACCCGCAUGCAGGAGAACCGAGAUCUCAUCGCUAAUGUGGAUAAGAUCAAGCGCCUCAUCAUUGACCAAUUGGCUUACAUAAAAAAUAAGUAUGGCACUAGCAGCGUAGGGAGGUUCGCACCUCCUCAAAGCGUUAAGUAUAGGUACGUUUAUAUAAACCCACCCACACGCAGCCACCAUUUUAAGGAAGACUUCAUCUCACCGCCUACCCCCCAGCGGGAUGACCUAUCUAAGCUUGGAGGGGACGAGGAGAAUUCAAAAGAGGAAAGCUUAAAUUUGCAAAGCGAUGCAGAUCCAGGCGAACUGCACAACGGGGAAGAGCAACACACCGCAGUGGUGGAUCCCACUUUGCCCAAGGGAAAGAAUCAAAGGGGAGGAGUGCAUGACGUGGAGGGCUUCCCCCCCUUGGAGGGCACCCAAAAGGAAGCGAAAAGGAUAGACCCCUCGGUGCAAUACAGGCACACCUACAUCGACUCCAUACACACGGACGUCAAAGAUGUUUACAACAACGAUCACGUGCUCGUCCUAAUCACCUACGGAGGGUACGUCAAGAAAAUCAAAAUUGCGGAGAAGUUGAAAAAUCACCAGAACAAUAUCAUCAAGCUGUCCAACGUCAAAUACAUUUUGAAGGAGAAUGAGGAGAGGCGACUCAAGGUUGGCGGAGCACACGAGGAGGCACCCAACGUGGCGGGAAGCGGGGCAGUCAACGUGGCGGGAAGCGGGGCAGUCAACGUGGCAGGAAUCGGGGAAGCCAACGUAGCGGUAAGCGGGGCAGUCAACGUUGCGGUGAGCGGGGAAGCCACCUCCAAUGCUAAGCCCACCACUGCCAACUCAACCAACUGCUACAAAGUGAAGAAAAGCAUCCUGUGCAGAAACAAAGACAAACUACUACUGACGGACAGCCAGAACAAAGCCUACAUCCUCAACGUGUGCGAUCUGCAGACCUCGUCCUACGACUCCAAGGGAACGCCAAUCAACCAAAUCAUCCACUGCUCAAAGAGUAUCACCGGUAUGACCAAAUUCGAGGAAAAUAAAAAAUACCUCAUCGUGUGCAGUGAAAAUGGAAAAAUGAAAGUCAUAAACAAUGACGUGUUCUUAAAAAAGAAAAAAAAAGGAAUCAGACUUUUUAAAAAUAAAAAAGAUAUCCAUUUCAGCUACUGCAAUUUUAGUGACAACUGUAUUGUUGGUACGGCAAGUGGACACAUAAUUCAGUUCCCACUCAUCAAUUUUAAAAUAUCAAAAAAAAACUCCCUAGGGAAUAAGUGCAUCAAUCUGGGGAAAAACGAUAAAGUCGUGGACCUAUUGGCAUAUGAGAACGACGAAAAGAGUGUCAAAAAUUUUCAAAUCAUAUUUCUUUCCAAAGGUGGUCAUGGAAAAAUGAUCAACUUGGAGGAGCUCAAAGUGCAGAAGAAGAAGGGAAAGGGGUACAAAAUUAUGAAGUUUAAGCGGGCAAAAGGGGCCACCGCCCUCCGGGGCGAACAGGGAGAAGUAGGAAAUGGGGAAGACGUGGGGAAAGAGGAUGACAUGAGAAAAGGGGAAGACAUGAGAAAAGCGGAAGACGCGGGGAAAGAGAGUCAGGCACCCUCCCCCCACAUGAGCAAACGGAAUACGGACCAAACUUCCGCGCACAGCACAGACCCGGACGAAUUUCUCGGGUUUAAACUGUAUGACAUGACAAAGAAGAAUGACAACGACUUUCUCAUCAUGAUUACCGACCAUGCUGUUCUUAUCCGGAAAAAUAUCACUCUCCUGAAAAAAAAAAACAGGAAGCACUCAUCGCAGAUUUACGCCAAGCUGAGCAAGCUCAACCGGCUCGUUUACUUCGACAUUAUGUAA